AUGUUUGACCUUUGUAAUGUUUUACCUUUAGCAAUAUUGGAGUGGGAUUUUUUAAAUCUCUCCCUCCCCCUCUCUCCUCCUUCCCUCUCCAUCCCCUUCCCCUCUCUCCUCCUUCUCCCACUGCCGUUAGCAGUUUCAGAGGCACAACCCAUCGAUAAAGCAGCAGGUGGCCCACCGAAUGCUGCUCCUCCCUGUGUGCACACCACCAUCUCAGCACAGACAGGGGCCCUAGUUAAUGCCCCCACCCUCAACAACUGCCACAUCGAGGGCUCUGUGUUCUUCAACAGUGAGCCGGGAGACAAGGAUGAUGAUGAUGCUGUCUUGGAAAAUGUCCAGAUGAAUCACAAGGCUCUAAUGAAGGAAAAAUCUGAGUGCAUAUUUGAGGGUGUUGAAAAGAAGGGCAACAAAAUCCUCCUUAACAAGAUCUAUACAGACCUGUACAUCACAGAGGGGGAGAGUGAAGGGGUCAACGAUGAGCACGAGGUCUGGCAACUUGAAACGGUCUCCAGGAAACCAGUAACACAAGAUACAGCAAUCCAUUGCAAUGACAUCUUCAAACCUUUGCCAGAACAAGAUGGCACUGUUCGAUCUGUGAUGACCAAAGGAAUAGCUGGCAUUGGUAAGGACCGUGUCAGUGCAAAAGUUCAUUCUGGACUGGGCAGAAGGGGAGGCCAAUAG